ACCGCGCAGGCGCAGUAACUCCCGCGCAGGCGCAGUCCGGGCUCGACGCGAGGCGACGGUUGGCGUUGGUGGCGCGAGGCAGGGAAGGCGAGAGACGCAAGCGCCAGAGAGGCCUUGUCUGAAGCAGAGGCCUGCCUCGGUUUCCCGUUCCUUCCGCUUCCUGCCUGCCUAGCUCGGUCGCCGUGGCAACCCUGUUUCCUCAGGCGCCCGUGCCGCUCUUUCCGCCGCGGAUGCAGCGCCGCGAGGACCUGGCGGGGCCCGUCGCCCGCUUAGGCCGCGGCUCGGGCCCGGCCUCUUCCGCGGCCGCCUCCGCCCCCGGCCCGGGGCGCCUUCAGUCCCCGCAGGCCGCCUCCGCCGGCUCCUCGCCACGCAGGCCUCCCAGGGGCGGCGGGGGGCUCCGCGGGGCCGGGCAGCCGCCCCCGCUGCUGCCGACCGGGCCCACCCCGCUGCUGCCCGGCACCGGGACCAGCGCCGCCGCCUCCGCCGCCAAGGACGAGGCCGAGAGCAAGUUCCUGCCGCAGCUGCUGGCCGAGAAGGACAGCCUGGACCCCUCCUUCACUCACGCCAUGCAGCUCCUGCAGGCCGAAAUUGACAAGAUCCAAAAGGGCGAAUCAAAGAAGGAUGAGGAAGAGACCUACUUGGAUCUGUUUUCCCAUAAAAACAUGAAGCUGAAGGAACGGGUUCUGAUCCCAGUCAAGCAGUACCCCAAGUUUAACUUUGUUGGAAAGAUACUUGGACCCCAAGGCAACACCAUCAAGCGGCUGCAAGAAGAAACCGGAGCAAAAAUCUCCGUUUUGGGGAAAGGAUCCAUGAGAGACAAGGCAAAGGAGGAAGAGCUGCGCAAAGGAGGUGAUCCCAAAUACGCUCACUUGAAUAUGGAGCUACAUGUCUUCAUUGAAGUUUUUGGACCGCCCUGCGAGGCUUAUGCUCUUAUGGCCCAUGCCAUGGAAGAAGUCAAGAAGUUCCUUGUUCCGGACAUGAUGGACGACAUCUGCCAGGAGCAGUUUUUGGAGCUGUCCUAUCUCAAUGGAGUGCCGGAGCCGACACGUGGCCGUGGGAUCCCUGUGAGGGGAAGGGGAGCCAUCCCGCCACCUCCCCCUGUCCCCAGGGGCCGUGGGGUGGGCCCGCCUCCCCCCCCUCCGCGUGGAGCCCUGGUCCGAGGGGCCCCGGUGAGAGGCGCCAUCGCCAGAGGAGCAUCCGUGGCCCGAGGCGUGCCCCCACUGCCAGCGGUGAGAGGCGCCCCUGCCCCAAGAGCGCGUGCCGCGGGCAUUCAGAGAAUACCUCUUCCUCCCCCUCCUGCACCAGAGACCUAUGAAGAUUAUGGCUAUGAUGAUGCUUAUGCAGAGCAAAGUUACGAAGGAUAUGAAGGUUACUAUAGCCAGGGUCAACAGGAAACCGAAUAUUAUGACUACCGACACGGUGAGGCUCAAGAAUCAUAUGAGGCAUAUGGCCAAGAUGACUGGAACGGGACCCGUCCCUCCCUGAAGGCCCCUCCAACCCGCCCCGUGAAAGGGGCCUACAGGGAGCACCCCUACGGACGCUACUGAGAGCAGCCUCCACUGAAGGGGAAGCAUCCCUUUCGAGCAAACCGUUGUUUCUGAUUCUUGUAUCUCCCCGGAUCCCCGUUGCUUUGCCCGCGACAGACAAGUAAUUGUCUCCCUGAUUUUUCUCUGGCUCCCUUUUUCUCCUGCCUCCAUCCUGCCCCAGAACCACUUGACCCUGCAUUCUGGCUUCUGUAUGUAGUACUUUUUUAAAAAAACAGUAAUAAUAAGUUAGAUUUAGGAAACGGGAUUCAGUUUUUAAGUGUGUAGACUGCUUUUUUUUUCUGUUUAGAUGCAUAAUAAACUCGACUGUACCUUUAAAAAGAAAACGUUGCGAUAAAAAUGUUAGUUUCUAAAGUGGACAUGCUUGCUUAACCGUUCUGAAAUUAAAACUUUGUUAAUCUUUUAAAGUAAUUUUUUUGGUUGGUUUGUUGGGUUUUAUAGGCCACUCAUAAAUGUCGUAGUCACAGAACCCCAAAGUAGGAUCGAUUUUUUCUUUUUUUAAAACGAAUUAAAACCAUAAUGUAAUGCUAGUGACUGCCGCAGGUUUAAAAGUACGCGCAAAAUGUCCAAAAAACGUUUGCCCUUAAAAAAGCAGAUUGCUUGAUUAAUCUUCGGUUUAAAUGUUAAUAGAAAAGAUCCUGCUUUAUUAACAAAUUAAAUGUUGUUGUUUUCCUUCAAUUAAUGAUCCCUUCCUCUCCUUACAAAAUAAAAAAGUAGGUUUGUAACAUUGUUGGUUUUGAAAACUAGCCCCAGGUGUUGAGAUGCUAAAGUGGUGGAGUAUUUUCCAGCAAAAAAGUUGUUCUUAUCUUAAUUUUGCAUGAAAUACCUUUUAAGAGAAAUUGACAUCUAGCUGCGCUGUAAUUCUUUUUUUUAUAUUGCUCUAAUUGCCCAGUGUUUUUGAUAUUAGGAAGUAUUAAAUGAUUAGCUGUGCAUUGUGUCUCUCUCUUUCUUUUUUUUCCCUUAAAGGAAGAUUCUGAACACUGUUUGCAGGACAUAAUAAUAACACAAUCCAGGCUCCAAAAUUGGCCAAACUCUCUAAUGUUGAGCCAUUUGUGUGUGUGUGUGUGUGUCAGUAGCAUUAUGUUAAAAAGGGACGUUGCAGCUGAAAAACCAAGGAGAGCUUAGAUUUUGUACAUAACGUUUGUACGCUCCCAAUUGGCGGUUGUUUGAAAGGUUUAAUGCUACUCCGUGUGUAAGCCUGCCUUAAAUAGGUAGCUUAAAAAUUGUCAAGAUGUCUGCAGCGGUUUGUCAAUAAAGUUGAGUCCUUUUUUAAUCAA